GUCUCCCUCCCCCGGCUCCCGGCGCUCCCAACCGCCCGCGCCUGCUGCCCGGCAGCGGCGGGGAUGGCGAGCCGCGGAGCCGAGGUGGUGACGAGAGCAGCGGUUCCGCCAUUGGACGAGGAGGCCUGAGGGACGGGCCAGCAACGCACAAGGAGAGAGCGAGGCGGUUGGCCCCGGGAGAGCGAGGGCAAUGGAGGCCAACAUGCCAAAGCGGAAGGAGCCCAGCAAGUCCCUCCGCAUCAAAGUCAUCUCCAUGGGCAACGCCGAAGUGGGAAAAAGCUGUAUUAUAAAGCGAUACUGUGAGAAGAGAUUUGUGUCUAAAUACUUGGCAACAAUUGGAAUUGACUAUGGAGUCACAAAGGUACAAGUCAGAGACAGAGAAAUCAAAGUUAACAUCUUUGAUAUGGCUGGACAUCCCUUCUUCUACGAGGUUCGUAAUGAGUUUUACAAGGACACACAGGGUGUGAUGCUGGUCUACGAUGUUGGGCAGAAAGAGUCCUUUGAUGCUCUCGAUGGAUGGCUAGCGGAAAUGAAGCAAGAGCUUGGACCUCAUGGAAACAUGGAAAAUAUUAUAUUUGUAGUGUGCGCCAACAAGAUCGACUGUACCAAGCACCGCUGUAUAGAUGAAAGUGAAGGGCGUCUUUGGGCUGAAAGUAAAGGGUUCCUGUACUUUGAAACUUCAGCACAAACUGGGGAAGGAAUCAAUGAGAUGUUCCAGACCUUUUAUGUAUCCAUAGUUGAUUUAUGUGAAAAUGGCGGGAAACGUCCUACCACAAAUAGUGCUAGUUUCACCAAAGAACAAGCAGACACCAUUCGCAGAAUUCGAAAUAGUAAAGAUAGUUGGGACAUGCUGGGUGUCAAACCUGGGGCCUCAAGGGAUGAAGUCAAUAAAGCGUAUCGCAAACUUGCUGUGCUUCUCCACCCUGACAAAUGUGUAGCACCUGGUAGUGAAGAUGCCUUCAAAGCAGUUGUGAAUGCCCGGACAGCUCUCCUGAAAAACAUCAAGUAAAAAGUAGAGAAAAAGAAACAAGUAUGGGACUGGAGUGCAAGCAAACUCUUCCUAGAGGUGAAAUAGCCAACAUGGAGUUUCCUUCACAUAAUCUCACUGCUCUGUUCCCUCAUGUGUUGUCAGUUGUAAAUCAGUAAUUCAGGGGUCUGUACCAUUCAUAGACAUCUUACCGAGAUGACCUGCCUAUGUAUGAAGUGAACUGAGAGACUUAAUUUCAUAUUUCUAGAUAAUCUGGAUUUUUUUUUCUCAUUCAUUUGUAAGCUCUGUAAUUGUAGCAUCCCUUGGCAUUUCACUUAGGAAAGUCCUCAAGGUUUCUGGAAGGAGGAGGGAAGGACAGGAGGACCCUUUCACUUUUCCUUUCAUCAUUAGAGGAGGAAAUAACAAAAAAGGAGGCAGACAACAUCAGAACCACUGAAGGUUUAGUGUGACCUUAGAAGCAAGUUGCUCCUUUUACAUUGUGUUCCUUGGCUGGUAUUCUAACCGUCAAUCUGUAAGGACUGAAUCUUGGCAGCCUUUUGGAAGUUUGUGAAGUCUGGCAAUACCAUUCUGAAUGUAGCCUCUCUUUAAUGAUAGCCACUUUGUUCCCUUUCUCUAACCACCAGGGGGAGAGACAAGCCAGUCCUGAGAGAACAGGCAGUGGCAGCCACCAAGUCUGGGCCCACUGGCUGCAAUU